AUGAGCACCCCCAACCACGACGGCCAGCUCGCCCUGUUGACCGCGUUUCUGGAUCAUGAUAACCGCCCCACAUUCAUCCUCGACGCCCACAACGACAAGCGCUCCGACGUCUCUUACCAAAACAAGGCCCUACGCGAGUUCCUUGCCCGUCUCUCCUCUGCCGACACCACCCAGAACAUUGGCGAGCACUUCCAAGACUGGGCCUCGAGUUUCGAUGCGAGCGCCGAGCCUGCUGACCGAGCCGGUGUGGCCUCCAACAUCAGCUUCGGCAACCGGAGUUGGACCAGCAUUCUGCUGCACCACCGAUGGAGGGUUGUCUCCGCCGUUGCCAUCGAUGCCGCCGGCCGCACUGUCAAGCGGGACCGCUCGCGCGAUACUGUCGACCAUCUGGGCCGUGAAUCUGGCCAGUCUUUCCCAGGAACCUCAGCCGACGAGCUGAAGGAGAAAGCUGGCCUAAGCGAUUCCUCCUCUGUCGCGUCUGAGGAAGAUCGCGCCGAGUCCGAAAGGCGGAGUUCUUCGCCCGAGUCUUGCAAUUCCUCGCUAUCACUGCGUCGCCUGGAUUGGAUCAAAGACCCGCCGAGUAAUCUUCCGCCCUAUCAUCGCUUUCUGCUCGAGCAUGACUGGGCUUCGACGCCUCUCGGUGCCAUGGUCGACUGGCCUGAUCUCCUCAGACAGACGGCGGUAACCAUCCUGUCCAGUCCCGAUCCCCGCUUGCUGCUCUGGGGUCGUGACAUGUGCCUUAUUUACAACGAGGCUUGCCUUGCCCUAAUUGGCCACAAGCAUCCAAAGGCUUUGGGACGCGGCCCCGCCCAUGUCUUUUCCGAACUUUGGCACCCACUCAAGAGCAUUGUUAAGCUUGCAAUGCACCAGGGAAAAGCCACCCGUGUGCAGGAUUUACAGCUGAGCAUCAACAGGAACAGGAACUGUGGCCUGGAGGAAACAUACUGGACUUUCACUAUGUUACCAAUAAUUGAUUCGGACGGGACAGCAAUCGGCGCUUUAGAUGAGUUCGUCGAAACCACGAACCAAGUGAUCGGGGACAGACGUAUGAACACUCUCAUAACUCUGGGGGAGAAGGCCAGCUCCGCGAAAGACAUCGAGGAACUCUGGAGCUUGAUACUCACGAGCCUUGAGCCCAACUCGCAUGACGUACCCUAUGCGCUCCUCUAUUCAGUCAGGGAAGACGGCGCAACAAGAGAAGGCCAUGAGCCCGAAGACAGCCCAACAAAAGAGGGUCAUGAGUCCGAAGACUCGGACAAUACGAAGGGCAAAGGCUGCUUCCUUGAAGGCACAAUUGGCAUCUCUAAAGAACACCCCGCUGCUCUUCCGUACUUCCGCCUUACCGAAGGCGAGGAGAGCUUCUCCAUCCCAUUUAGGCGGGCGUGGACAUCAUCGCAACCAUCUCUUCUUCGCGCUGAUGAUGGAACCCUCACAGGGCCUUUGGCUGAUCUACACGUCGAGAAUCGCGGCUUCAACCAACCAAGUACAACGACUAUAGUUUUACCGAUCCCCCCGCUCAGCGGCACUAGCAUCCGCGGGUUUCUUGUCAUGGGACUGAAUCCGCGCCGGCCCUACGACGAAGAUUAUCAGAUCUUCAUUCGCCUUCUCAACGACCGUCUCGUCAAGGCAGUCGCCUCGAUUUUCCUGCCGGCAGAGCAACGAAGGAGUCGCCAGAUCAUAGAAGAGAACAAUUCUCGUCAUGACAAAUUUUCCAGGGAGCUUGAGCGCCGGAGACAGGAAGCUGAAACCGCAGAGGCAACUUUUACAGCGUUGGCCGAGUGUGCCCCUGUUGGUUGUGUUGUCUUCCAGCUCAACGGUCAGCCCCGAUGGAUGAACGAGGCUUAUCUCGACCUGAGCGGCCUCAAACGCGAAGAUUUCGGGGGAGACCCCCAUCGUUGGUCAAGUACCGUGAUUCCCGAAGACCGCAAGUAUGUAGAAGAACAGUGGGAAAACCUUGUGCAGGGUCACGACGUCCGACCGUUUGAGUUUCGCGUCAAAAGACCAUGGCAUCUUCCAGGCUCGACCGAUGACAGUGAUCGGAUGGAGUCUUCCUGGGUCCUUGCAAACGCGUUUUUGAAAUACGACGAAGCAGGCAACCCUCAGCGCAUAUUGGCGUGGCUCACCGACAUUUCUCACCAGAAAUGGAGUCAGCAACUGCAAGCCCAGAGACUGGAGGAUGUCUUGGAAACUAAACGACAGAGCGAGAACUUCAUCGACAUGACAUCUCAUGAGAUGCGUAAUCCACUUUCAGCAAUACUCCAGUCUGCAGACGGGAUUCUUGGCGCCCUGGGGUUUGACAAAGCCGAUAAGCCUCUACAACAGCUCCGCAGACCCCUAAUUCUAGAUCCCGACAGCCAGGAAGUCAUUAUCGAUAACGCUCAAACCAUCGUGCUGUGUGCCCAGCACCAGAAGCGAAUUGUAGAUGAUAUCCUGACUCUGUCAAAACUCGAUUCGAAACUCCUCGUCAUAUCUCCCGACCUGGUUCAGCCGGUAACACUUGUUGAAAGGGCAAUCAAAAUGUACGAAGCAGAACUCGCCAUUGCCGGAAUCAAACUCAACCUGUCAAUACACCAAUCGUACGAUGACUUGGCCAUCGAUAUGGUCUUUCUCGAUCCCUCUCGUUUCUUACAAGUGCUCAUCAACCUCACAAACGCCAUCAAGUUCACUCGAGACCGAGAUAAAAAGGCCAUUACAAUCUUUCUGUCAGCUUCACUCAAGCAACCUUCUUCUGGCCAUGAAAACCUCGCCUACAUACCUCGCCGCUCAUCGAGGUCUGAGCACAACCAUUCGGACGAAGGAGGCGAGGGCGAGGCAAUUUUCCUGCAGCUGGCUGUCGAAGACACGGGAAAGGGUCUGAGUGAAGAUGAGAUGAAACUUCUUUUCCACAGGUUUUCACAAGCAUCUCCAAAAACAUAUGGAGAGUACGGUGGCUCUGGUUUGGGUCUUUUCAUCUCCCGAGAGCUUACAGAACUCCAAGAUGGACGCAUUGGCGUCGCUUCCCAGGCCGGAAAAGGCAGCACCUUCGCAUUCUACAUCAAGGCGAGGAGAGUCCCGCCAGGCUCCACCAUAGACAGCGCGCCUCUCUCACCGAUCGAUACGCUGCGCACUCCGCCUCUCCGCCGGCCGAGCUCAAGCAAGCGAAGUCAGUCAGAUGCUGAGCGGAUGCCACUCACAAGCCCCUCAGAUCCCAGCUGGAACUACAGCGAGGUGGGGAUGAAGAACGUCGCACCCGCACAGCCAAUAGAAGCCAAUUCGAAGGCUCGCUAUCCUCACUUGAUGGUGCUCAUCGUCGAGGAUAAUCUCAUCAACCAAAAGGUCCUCGCCAAGCAACUCCGCCACGCAGGCUGCACAGUCCACAUCGCAAACCACGGCCUCGAAGCACUCGACGUCCUCGCCCGCAGCACCUUCUCGACGUCGCCUCUCCCCACCACUGCGGAGGCGUUGAUCGACAUUUCUCUCUGUCUCAUGGACCUCGAAAUGCCCGUCAUGGACGGCCUCUCCUGCGUCAAACGCAUCCGCCAACUCGAGAGCGAGGGGUCACUGGGCAGGCACGUGCCCAUCAUCGCCGUCACGGCCAACGCCCGCGGCGAGCAGAUCACCGCCGCCCUCGACGCCGGCAUGGACCUCGUCAUCACGAAGCCGUUCCGCAUCCCCGAGCUGCUGCCGCAGAUGGACGCGCUGAUGGCGCGGAUGGCGGAGGGCGGCGGCCGGAAGAGCAGGAGUAGCAGUGUCGUCGUUGCUGAUCGUGGUGGUGGUGGUGGUGGUGGGGGCAAGGAUGAUGAUGGCACUGCUGCGAAGGGCAAGGAGGCAGAUCGGCGGGAGCAGGGGAUGGGCGGGACUUCUACCAGCAAGGUGGUGAUGGUGGAGGAGGAGGAGGGGGAGCAGGAGGGGAAGAAAUGA